CGUAGUGAGCUGGGCCGUGCCGGGCCGUACUGGGCUGUGCCGGGCCGUGCUGGGCUGUGCCGGGCCGUGCUGGGCUGUGCCAUACGAGGCGCUGCCGGGCUCCGUGGAGCUGUGAGCGAGCCCCGCUGCCCGCGCCAUGGUGGCGGGGAUGCUGAUGCCGCUGGAGCGGCUCCGCUCCAUCCUGGAGCUGCUGUUCCGCGAGGGCGUGCUGGUCGGGGAGCGGGACGGCUGCCCCCGGCGCACCCACCCGCAGCUGCCCGGCGUGGCCAACGUGGAGGUGCGGCGCGCCAUGGCCUCGCUGCGCUCCCGCGGCCUCGUGCGACAGACGGCGGCCUGGCGACACCUCUACUGGUACCUGACGGACGCCGGCGUGGCUCACCUGCGCCAGUACCUGCGGCUGCCGCCGGACGUGGUGCCGCGCUCCCUGCAGCGCGUCCCGCGCCCCGCCGCCCCCCGCCCCGAGAACCGGCCGGGUGGGUCGGGGCAGGGGGGGGAAGGGGAGGCGGCUCCGGCCGUGCCCCCCCCGGGCGGGAGCCGGGGCCGGGGAGGGGCCGGUGGUGAGUCAGGGCUGGGCCUGGGGCCCCCCCUGACCCCCCCGGCCGGGGGUGGAGCCGCAGCCGCUCCCGCCGUGCCGGCAGCCAGCGCCGCUCCGCGUCGGAUCGCGCCGGGACGUGCCGGGCCAUACGGGGCUGUACCGGACUGCGCCGAGCUGUGCCAGGCCGUACCGGGCCGAACUGGACCGUACCGCGCUGGGCUGGACCACCUGAGUCGUGCUGGGCGGUACCGGACCGUAGUGAGCUGGGCCGUGCCGUAG